UUCCAUAAUAAACCAACACAUAUGCAUAAAAUUUCUCUCUCUCUCUCUCUCUCUCUCUCUCUCUCUCUUUCUCUCUAUCUAUCCAUCUCGUUUGUAGAUGUAGAGUUGAUCAAUCCCCAUCUCUUUUAAAGUCCUCAAAAACUAAAUUUCUUGUACACCAUUUCAGCUCAGCUAACCCGUUCCAAAACUAGAACUCUCUUUAUUAGCAUCAAUAUAUACUAUAUAUAAACAAUCUCUAUUACCUUUGUUAUAAAGGUAGGCACUUCCAUUUUUUGUAGCAUCUCUUGCAUGCUAUUCCUGUUCCUGCAAAACCCAAAACCCAUUUUUCCAGCCAGCACACAUUCCCCCCCUCUCAGGAAAUUAGAAAGAGAACCAAUUUACUCCUCUUCUUGUUUUUAUUAUCCACUUCUACGUCUAAAACCUCCAACCCAUUUUUAUUCUCAGAAAAACAAAAGAAACCCUCUUUUGUGUUUAAGAUUUUAAUUACUUCUACAUCAAAAAAUGUGGAUGAUGGGUUAUAAUGACGGUGGUGACUUUAACAUGCCUACUGAUUCUUUCAAUGGAAGAAGACUUAGGCCUCUCAUUCCAAGAACUCCGUCACUUCCUCCUUCAAACAACACUUCUAACACUAGCCCUCCAAGACUGAGAACUCUUUAUGGCAGUGAUUUCUUUUCUCUAAAUCACCAUUUGGCGAGUAUGGCUGAUCAAAGCAAGAGAGAUAUCCAUACACAACCAGUAGUAGUAAGCUCAAGAUGGAAUCCAACACCAGAGCAGCUAAGAACACUUGAAGAAUUAUAUCGAAGAGGAACUAGAACUCCAUCGGCUGAGCAAAUUCAACAUAUAACUGCGCAGCUUCGAAGAUAUGGAAAGAUAGAAGGAAAGAAUGUAUUUUAUUGGUUUCAAAACCACAAGGCAAGAGAAAGGCAAAAACGGCGUCGUCAAAUGGAAUCUGCAGCAGCUCCAGAUUAUGAACAGCAGCAACAACAGCACCGUGAUAUUGAAAUCUUUGAAAGGAAAGAAUCAGGGGCAAAUAGGACAAACAAUGAAGGUGAACAGACCAAGAGCUGGGCUCCCUCUACAAACUGCAGUACACUACCAGAGGAAUCUAUUGCAAUACAAAGGCCAGCAAAAGCAGCAGUGGUGGCAGAAUGUAGAUCAUCACCAGAUGGAUGGAUCCAAUUUGAUGAGGUAGAAUUAGAACGUAGAAGGAACUUUAUGGAAAGGAAUGCCACGUGGCAAAUGAUGCAAUUGUCUUGUCCAUCUCCCACCCACCUCAUAAACACUAACUGCUCUAGUACUAUUACUAGUUGUAGUACAAUAACAACAGCAUCUACAAGACCUGCACCAACAAUAAGAACAAUGGACCCAAAACUCAUUAAGACUUGUAGCAAUGACCUUAAUAUCUUCAUAGCCCCCUAUAGAGAAAAUGGGCAUGGCCUUAUUAACCACUUCAGCAAUGGUAUCAUCAAUGAAGAAAACAAUAUUGGUUCUGGGGAAUCUCAAACACUUCAACUCUUUCCUCUUGGCGGUAACGGUGGGGCUGGUGGUGGUGGUGGUGGUGGUGGUUGUAGCGAUGGCAAUGGAAACAUUAAUGAUAAAGAAACUGAUACAUCAGCAGUUGCAGCAGACAUGAAUGCUACUCCUUACCCAUUUUUUGAGUUUCUUCCAUUGAAGAACUAAAUAGCUUUUGAUUUACUUUAUUAGAAACUUUGCUAUGUAUGUAAAAUGAUGGGGUUGGGUUAAGAAAUUUUGUAAUUUUGUUGGAAAUUGGGAUUUUUCUUUUGUGGGGAUGAUGUUACAUUUCAUGGAAUGGGUUUAAUGGUCUAGGUGGGGAUAUGAAAGAAUUGCCCUAAAUUGCAUUUGGACCAUGUUGGUUGAAUCAAUGAAGAAACUACAUUUAAGAAGAUUUUUACAGAGGUUUAAUGUUGACAGAAUAGUCCUUGUUUAGGUAAUUACUGAGAUGUGCAUGUGUGUGUCUGAUAUAUUGUUUAAUUAGGAGAAAGAGAAAACAAAGUUUGAUGAGUGCUCCAAUGAAGAGAUCCAAAAAUACAAGUA